AUGGCAGCGGCAACGCGCCACUGGCGGCCAGCAGCGUUUAGCAUUUUCGACGCAUUACUCAUUACGCGGUUGGUUGGCGCUAGCGUGCAGGGUAGCAGCGGCGCAAGCAUGUUAUUGGUGCAUAAACGGAGCGCGCGCGGCAAGUAUCUCCAAUCCAUUCGCCGCUUAUUGGAGCACGACAGCAGCGGUACGAUAUGCCCCAGUUGUCGCAUCUCUUUCGACAAGGGCAAACGCCGGAAAUUGAUCGACACCUGUGGACAUGAGCGUUGCUAUUCCUGUAUGUUUCGUAACGAUCAGUGUCCCAUGUGUAUGAAUAGCAAUAGUUCGUUGAAAGAUGUUGAUUGCAAUAGCAAUGCUCAAGGCUAUGACACGGGCAUCGGUGGUUCGACAUCGACAAUUGUCAGCCCUCUGGGCUCGCCGCAGCCACAACUGAGAUCGCAAGUGCAACAGCAACACCAUCAUCAACAACAACAGUUGCUGCAGCUACAACAGCAACAGCAACAACGUUCAAAUGCUGCCGCAUUGGCGCGUUACAUGCAGCAUAACCGGCAGGAGUCCAUAUCCCCGGAAUAUCAUCGCUAUGCCAGCAUUGGUAAAUUGCCUAAAGCGUUGGCAGCAUCGCAGACAACAUAUACCGUUACAGCGGACAUACACCAAACCGGCAAUAAUAAUAACAAUACUAUUAGCAGCAGCAGCGGUAGCGGCAGUGGCAGCGUCAGCGUUAGCAACAGCAAUACCGUCAGCAGCACAGCAAGCAGCAGCAAUAACAACGGUCAUACUAAUAUCAACAAUAUCCAUUACAACAACACACCACAGUCUCAGUCUCAGCAACAUCAACAUCUACAACAGCCACAUUAUGCCGGCGAUGUAAUCAAUGCAUCUUCAUUUGCCACACCACCGACACGGCGACGUUUCUUUAAUCACAAGAAUUUGCGCAGCGCUCUGACCGGACACCGUCGCACCGCAUCGAAUGGUGGUGGGCCAACAGAUGCCGCUGCAGCGAUACUCGCCGAUGGAAAAGACAAUAACGCUUUAAAUACUUCGACCUGCUCCGAUUCAGCGGUUACACGUCGCCGUCGUCAGAAGGUCAGUAACAAUGUGAGCGCCGCCUCAACCAGACCGACAACAGCGGGCAGUGAGAAUAGACUGAAUCGCCUAAGCCUAGCCGGCACAUCAGUCUAUGCUGGGCAUCUAUCAUCGUUGGUCUUUGGUAAAAUCAAGUCAUUAUGGAGCGUCAACUCUAACUCUUCGGAUGCGGGACUUAAUCAAUUUGCAGGCAACGAUGAUCAUGCGCUAACUGCUGCUGAGAAGCAAAAAGAUCAAUUGCGUGCCCGUCUCGGUUUGCUGCUGGACAGCGAUCAGAAUGGCAAUACGAACACAACAACCAGCAGCAGCUCGUCGCAGAAUGUCAGCCCCGAACAGACGCUAUCGAAUGGCUGCGCCAACGCAUUUGGCUCUCAACUCUCCGUGAUCACCAAGGAUGACACACUCAGCUUGGCUGGCAAGUUGAAUGCUUUGUCCGUAUCCACGGAUAACAGCGAAGUAUUCCCGGUGAAAGCACGCAAAACAGGCGUACGUCGUUCGGCACGCACUGGCCAAGUGGCAGGUGGCGCCGGCAAGCGUAAUGCAAUCUACAAGCCGGCUACGGUACAACCAGUGCAGCUGGCUUUGAAGCCACUCUUUUUCGAAGUACCACUUCCCGAGCCGGAUCCACCAUUUGUUGGACGUCAGUGGCUACUGCGCGAACUCUCCAACAUACUUACCGGCACCGAGACGCCAGGUGUGCUGAUCAACGGUAAUCCGGGUACUGGAAAAACGGCGCUCAUCUUGCAGCUAGUAGAGUAUUCGUGUUUCGGACGACGCAAGAACAGCAAUAGCACCAGCGAUCCAGAUGGCAUCUAUUGUCCCAUCAAUCUCGGCCAUGAUCGUAUACGUGCGUUGGCCGCACACAUUGUAGGCUAUCACUUCUGUCAGGCCGACUCGAACCUCACUUGUCUGGUGCCGGAUUUUGUACACUCGUUAGCCGCACAGCUUUGUCAGGCACCCCAGCUGGAGGCCUAUCGUGAGUACUUGCUCAGCGAGCCGCACCUACAGGACAUAUUGAGUGUAAAGGAGUGUAUUGCUGAUGCCGAACGUGUCAUGCGCAUGGCCAUUUUGGAGCCGUUAAUUGUGCUAAAGCGUGCCGGCAAGAUACCGACUAAGACAUGCGUCAUACUCGUCGAUGCGUUGUGCGAGGCAGAGUACCAUCGUCCUGAUCACGGGCAUACGAUCGCCACAUUUCUUGCCAAGAUGACGCAACAUUUUCCGUCAUGGUUGAAAGUGGUUGCCACGGUGCGCACGCAGAUGUUAGAAUUCGUCAAAGGCUUAUCGUAUACGAAAAUGACGCUCGACAGCUGGGCCUCCAAUGAUCUGCUACAGAAAGACAUGCUGGACUACAUCACAUUCCGUGUGAACCACAGCGUAGAAAUACAAAACAAUAUUGCGGCUGUGAAGGAUCACAGCAGUGGACAGCUUAAGUUUAUUGGUCACUUGCAAGCGCUGACGAAGGGCUCUAUGUUGUACGCCAAGCUGAUACUCGACCUUAUCGAACGCGGACAGUUGGUGAUCAAAUCGACCAGCUACAAAGUAUUGCCAGUGAGCUUGGCGCAAAUCUUUUUACUGCACUUUAAUCUGCGUUUCCCCACCAACAGCAGCUUCGAAAAGGCCGCGCCCAUACUCAAUGUCUGUUUAGCUGCAUUGUAUCCGCUCACCUUAAACGAAAUCUACUACACCAUUUGCGCCAUGAAAACGGACGAGGUGCUUAGCUGGGAUGAGUUUCUACAGCGCUUCAAGUUGCUGGACGGCUUUCUCAUACGUCGCAUCGACAACACGUACAUGUUCUUUCACUCGUACUUCCGCGAGUGGUUGAUUAGGCGCGACGAAGGCGAAUCGUCGAAAUUUCUCUGCGAUUUUCGUCUGGGGCAUGCAGCCAUCGCGUUUCGCUUGUCGCGCAUGCAGGCGCCACUCGAUCCAGAGCAGACCAUGGAGCUCGGCCAUCACAUGCUGAAGGCGCAUAUCUAUCGCAACUGUCAAGGACCGCAACUACCGCGCGAUAUGCAAUCAUUCUGGGUCGCUUCAGUCACCGACAACAUAUCUGCAGCGCUCGGCUCGUUACGCAACGUUUACAGUCCAAAUCUGAAAGUUUCGCGUUUAAUACUAUUGGCGGGUGCUUCGCCACACUACCGCACCGAGUUUAUGGGCGAUGCCACAAUACUCUGCAUUGCAGCACAUGAGGGCAUAGUGCCGAUGGUGAGCUUGCUGCUGGAAUUUGGUGCCGAUGUGAGUCUAACGAAUAGCCAAGGCUGCACGCCGCUUAUACUGGCCGCUAUACGCGGUCAUGCAGACGUCGUGCGUUUGCUUGUCGCCGCGGGCAGCAGUUUGGGUCAGACCGACACAACACAGCGUUGCGCGCUCGUGCAUGCGGCGCGUACUGGACGCUUGAACGUGGUGAAAUAUUUACUGGCCUGCGACUGGACGCCACGUCCAAACUCGCACGAUGUCAGCUUGGCAGUGGGACUACAGCAAUCACUGAUCGCAGCAGCUGCACAAGAUCAUGUGACAAUAGUUGAGGAUCUGCUCGAAAUCGACGGCAUCAAUGUGAAUCUAAUGGAUGAGGCAUGCGGCGAUCUGCCGCUAACAGCAGCCGCACGUAAUGGUUGCAGCGACGCGGUUGCCAUAUUGCUAUCGAAAGGCGCACGCAUUGAUGCGCGCAACAAGCAGGACUUCACUGCGCUCUGGCUGGCGGUGAAGGAAGGCCACUGGGCGGUGGUGGAGAAACUGAUACAAAACGGCGCCGACAUCGAUGAGCCGGUGACCGCAGCGCGCAAAACACCACUCAUGAUUGCCGCUGAAGAGGGGCACAUCGAGCUGCUGGAGUUAUUGAUCGAACGCGGUGCUUCGUUGGAGGCGCAGGAUGAGGAGGGCUUUACCGCGCUCUCGUGGGCAUGCUUGCGCGGUCGUCAAGCCGCCGCCAAGUGUCUCAUCGAGCGCGGCUGCAACCGCAACCAUGCGGACAACAAUGGACGCACGCCGCUCGACUUGGCGGCAUACCAAGGCUCUGCGGCACUGGUGCUUUACUUGCUAGAGCAGGGCGCCAACAUAGAGCACAUCGACGUGAAUGGCAUGCGGCCGUUAGAUCGUUCCAUUGCAUGCCGCAACAUACAGGUGGUGCAGGUAUUUCUACGACGCGGCGCAAAACUAGGGCCGACCACGUGGAGCAUGGCCAUGGGUAAACCGGAGAUUUUGGUAGUGCUGCUGAACAAAUUGCUGGAGGAUGGCAAUGUGUUGUAUCGGAAGAACCGUUUUCACGAUGCGGCGCAUCGCUAUCAAUAUGCAUUGCGUAAGAUCUCGUGCCUGGAGAAUUUGCUAGAGCGAAGCGCAAUAUUUGCGCAGCUGCGCACGAAUCUGUUGCUGAAUCUGUCGCGCUGCAAGCGAAAGUUAAAUGAACUUGACGAAUCCAUCGAUUUAGCUACGCAAGCCAUCGCUCAGAAACCCGCCAGUUAUGAGGGCUAUUAUGCACGCUCCAAGUCGCGCAUGGAGAGCGGCGAUUUCCACGAGGCGCUCGUCGAUGCCAACGAAGCCAUGCAGAAGGCAAUGCAAAGUGGCGUCUCAGCCGAGGUUGUCGAAGUGCUAAAGCGCAUACAGGCCGAGCUGCUAGCACGCACCAGCAGCGAAUCGUGCACGGUCGUAGGAAACGGAGGUGGUGCAGGUGGUAGUGGCGUAGCAGCGCGCGCCAGCGCUAAUGCUUAUGAAGAGUAUGCGCUCAGCUGUGCUGAUUUAGGCGUCGUGGGCUUGCCAACGCAGAACGAGAGUUCGGAUCUGUAGCGUGUGCGGCUCAUAUGGCACACAAGCUGAAGUGAAUUUUUGCAAAUUAAGAUUUUAUUAUUUUAAAAUUAUUUCGUUUUUUGGUUUUUGUUUUUUAUUAAGCUUAUUUUGCACUGCAUUUCUUUAAAAUGGAGCUAAAGAUUUGGCGCAGCCAGCAUUUUUAAUAUAAUAAUAAUUAUUGAAAUAAAAGUUUUUUUUAGUUAACGUAGCUGCCUAUAUAUAUACAUACUUAUAAAAAUUAUUAAGUUUACAUUUUAAAUGCCUUGUAUUUAUUUGUGUUUGUGCUUCUCUUGUAUUUUAUUAUUAUUGCAAAUUUGUGCAAAACUUAAUUAAUCUGCGGAAGAGCAAGAAAAAGCUACGCUAAUCUGUCCCUAAAAAUAUUUUUAAAAGCUAAAUAAAAAUCUCUUGCUGCCGGUGUUUAUUCGUUCUUUCACACUCUUUCUGCUAUGUUUCUCCGCUCUGCAAUAAUUCAAUAUAAAAUAUAUUUUAUAAUACUUACGUUAGCAAUUCAUUAAAAUAUAAAAUAAAAAAAUCAACGUUUUCAUCUGCAUGUAAAAAUUCA